GCGAGAAUCCAGCCUCGGCCGCCGACGCAGGCGGAGGCUCCGCCCCGCGCGUGACGCCAGCGUCAGGCCAGUCCCGGCAUGCUCCGCGGCCGCCCGCGGUCGAGCGCCGACAAGAGGGAUUUUUCCCGUGAGCGGCCCAGCGUCAAUUCAACCGCUGUCCAGACCGGGUCGGCUGUAGUGCCGCCUCCAGCCUUUCUCCUGCCGCUCGCCCGCCCGUCCGAGCGCCCCCAGCCCUCCCGCGAGGGCGCCCCGGGACGGAAGGGUCCACCAGCCUGUCGGCGCCCGCCGUUCUCGUGGUCGCCGUCGCCGUCGUCGUUGUGGUAGUCUCUGCCGUCGCCUGGGCCAUGGCCAAUUACAUCCACGUUCCGUCCGGCUCCCCGGAGGUGCCCAAGCUGAACGUGACGGUUCAGGAUCAGGAGGAACAGCGCUGCCGGGAAGGGGCCCUGAGCCUCCUGCAACACCUGCGGCCCCACUGGGACCCCCAGGAGGUGACCCUGCAGCUAUUCACCGAUGGAAUCACAAAUAAACUUAUUGGCUGUUAUGUGGGUAAUACCAUGGAGGAUGUAGUCCUGGUGAGAAUUUAUGGCAAUAAGACUGAGUUGUUAGUCGAUCGAGAUGAGGAAGUAAAGAGUUUUCGAGUGUUGCAGGCUCAUGGCUGUGCACCACAACUCUACUGUACCUUCAAUAACGGACUGUGCUAUGAGUUUAUACAAGGAGAAGCAUUGGAUCCAAAGCAUGUCUGCAACCCCGCCAUUUUCAGGCUAAUAGCUCGUCAGCUUGCUAAAAUUCAUGCUAUCCAUGCGCACAAUGGCUGGAUUCCCAAAUCUAAUUUAUGGCUAAAGAUGGGAAAAUAUUUCUCUCUCAUUCCCACAGGAUUUGCAGAUGAAGACAUUAAUAAAAGGUUCCUAAGUGAUAUCCCAAGCCCUCAGAUUCUUCAGGAAGAGAUGACUUGGAUGAAGGAGAUUCUUUCUAACCUGGGCUCACCUGUUGUGCUUUGCCAUAAUGACCUAUUGUGUAAGAAUAUAAUCUACAAUGAGAAACAAGGUGAUGUACAGUUCAUUGAUUAUGAAUAUUCUGGAUACAACUACCUGGCAUAUGAUAUUGGAAAUCAUUUCAAUGAAUUUGCAGGUGUGAGCGAAGUGGACUAUAGUCUCUAUCCAGAUAGAGAACUACAAAGUCAGUGGCUGCGUUCUUACCUCGAAGCCUACAAAGAGUAUAAGGGCUUUGGGACCGAAGUUACUGAAAAGGAGGUAGAAAUACUCUUCAUUCAAGUCAAUCAGUUUGCACUGGCUUCUCAUUUCUUCUGGGGAUUAUGGGCCUUGAUUCAAGCCAAAUACUCCACUAUUGAAUUUGAUUUCCUUGGGUAUGCAAUUGUUCGUUUUAACCAGUACUUUAAAAUGAAGCCUGAGGUUACUGCGUUAAAAGUGCCUGAGUAAAGAAGAGAUUUAAUUAUUCACAAGUAGCUGAGCAGUGCUUGUGAAUCUUUUCUUAAGAAACUCCAAAAAGCCAAUAUUUGUUAAAAUUCUGUUAUUUAAUUGGUUAUCUUGCUUUACAAAUUAUGCCUCUAAACAAUCGAUCUAUUUUUAAACAGACUGAGUGAUGUCAAGAAAUAUACUUAUUGCUAUCAGUAUGUGGUGGGUUAGAAACUUGUUAAAUCUGCAAAAGGUAUAAAGAUGUCAGUUUAAGCCUUUCUUUGAUAAUUUAAUCUCUGUUAUAUGUGAAUUAUUUAUUAUAAAUUUAAUGUGAUUCUGUGACUGCUUUCAUCUGUUUUUUGAGUGUAAGCAACGAAAAUGUUCCAGAGAAAUUUUUAAAUGUUUUACUUUAAUGGGAUUAAUUUUAGUAAACAUUCUAGUUCAGUGUAACGUUUUUAUCUUGAUGCACUGUAAGUAAAAUGAAUCAUUUACUCUAGAAAUGCUAGUCAUUGACUGAUGUAGAUAACUUAGGAUGUUCAUAGAAAAAUACCUGUUUAGGUGGGUGAAAUACAUUUAUUGUCUCUGUUGGUGGUACAUCUUGUUGAACUGAGUAUUAGAAAGCAUUUCUUUUGGGGGGAAUAUGACUUAGAAUUAAAUCCCCGUCUCUCUACAUAGUCUGGCAGUAUAAAUAUAAAUAUUUACCAUAUAAUCUUGGAAAAAGUAUGAAUUAAUGCUACCAAAACCUGUAUUAAAUAAUGUUCGAAAUGCUAAAUAUGGUCAUUAUAGUUACUAGUUUUAGUUUUAAAAAUUUUACUAUAUCAAAUUGUUUCUAACCAAAAAUUGUUUUACUUACUGAGAUAGUCUAUGUUUUUGAUUAUUAAAUAGUCACUAGUAUUGUUAAUUUUUGAAAAAAUAUACAAAGUUUAUCAUACUUGGAAAUACGAAAAUAUCAUUUAGAUUAAUUCUUUUUUUACCUGUCCAGACUCAUUCCUUAUAGUUUAAUUUUAUGUUUUAGGUUGGUUCCAUGUCUUUAGAGUGAUAGCAAAUGAUUACUUGAUACAUUUAAGUUCAGAGUAAUAUGUUGAGGCAAUUAGAAGAAUUAAAUAAGGAACAUUUAGGACAUUGAUCUUGUACACUUAAAAUGUGACAAAUGUGAAUUAAACAGAAAUAGCCAUGGUAGGAGGGCUUCUGUUUGUUUUGAUUUUUUCCUAUUUUUAAGUGUAUUUUUAAUUUUGUUUGGGGGUGAGAGAGAGGCAGUUAUUAUAUGGAAAGAAGUUAGAUCUUUGAUCUUUGGGACAGACUAGUAGGCUUCAAGUUUUGAAGUCUGCUGUGUGUAGUUGAGCAGUCAUGGUUAACUUAGAAAAUUAGUCUGAUAAGCUUUGCACUUUGGUCACAUAAGUGCCCAUGUACAAAGUUGGCUUACUGGAUCUGCAUAUUCAAAAUGUGCAGCUACAGAUUUAUUCUCUGAGAAAUCUUCUGGGGAGUCUGAUGUAUUAUUCCAAAUGACUUUUAUUCUCAAGACAAGUGCUUUAAAAUACUUGGAUUAUCUCAAGAUAUUUAAAGCUAUUAAAGUAAGUAGAAACACUUAAAGGCCAUUUCAAAUGGUAAAUUCUAGUUACAUAAGUAGAAUCUUAAAAUGUGUUUGUAUCUAUAACAGUGUUAGACCAAGAUUUAGUUUCUACCUCCCCAGUGUUAUAAAUGUUCACUUUUGUGUUUAUAAACCAUAUUACUGUAAGAUCAAUAGAGUUUGCCUAGUUGAUUAAAUGAAUGGAACCAAUUAAUUAGUAGCUUUUUAUAAUGCUAGAGUGAACUGGAAAACUUAUUUUUGGUGGAAUUUUCAUCUAUGGUUGAACAUUUUCAUAGAACGAUGAAGAAUAAACAAUACUCAUGAAUUUUUUUUUUUUUUUUUUUUGGCUUUCUGCCUUCUAAAGUGCAACAGUAUAUAUCUGUGGAACUAUGGGAGGAGAGAAUAUAAUUCUUCUACCUUACUCCAUAUUCUUCAAACUAUUUUGAAUGGAGAUUCACUGAACCAUUUUUGAUAGACUGUGCAUAGCUGCCAGCUUUGACACUAUUGUGUUUUAGAGAGAGUUAUAUAGAAGUGAAUGUAACCAGGAGUAAAGUCACUCACUUUAGCCUCAGAAGUAUGCAGUGGAUCUUGGGAACAAAGUAAGAUAUUUUACUCUAUUGCCCCCACUCUUUGCCAGAUUUUGAGUGUUGUGAUGCUCCUACUUCCUGUAUAGGUUUUUGAGAUCUUCAUGCAGGUUAGCAAUAGGAUUCAAAAUUGCUUCCCUUUAUAAUGAUCAACUAUGGGAUUCUAAAGAAAGGUAAGUCUCAGCAGCACUGUAAAAUCAGCCCUCUAAAAUUUGUCCUGUGGCUUGCUGAGAUAUCUGUUGCCUUUUAUGUUAAGCUAAGGAACUUGAAUGCCUUACCUAAUAACUCAACUGAUAGUAAACUCAUUUUGUAAAUAUGAAAAUGGCUGUUAGAAGUGGCAUUCAUGUAUAUUCAAUGUUAGUCCGUAGACCAUAGUGGCCUGGAUGCUUUAACAAGCAAAAUUCCACAAUUUCUUUCCCUUUUUUUCCUUUCAUACUUGUAUGAUCUUACCUGACCAGUGAUGAUUUUUUCCCUCCUAACCCUGUGCUGCCACCAUUUUCUGGAAAAUCAAAGAGAUGUGGUAGUAAAUCAUAUUGUUCACAUGAUCAUCUGAGAUCAGUAUGAGCACAAAACUCAUCAACUAGGUCUGCCUGGAAUGUAUAUAAAACAGUGUAAAUAAAAAUUUGUAAAUUAGUGUGAAUUGUA